CACUAUAAAAAGGCUGGCACUGCAUUAACAGCGCAGCGCAAUCGCCCGUGUCUUGCAACUGAAAGUGACAGGCGAACUGAAACGUUUCAAAGGACAAGAACACGUAGAAGCAUGUCCGAUAUGAUCGACGAUAUUAUCACGAGGAAUCUGAUCAAUCUUGGUUUAGAUGAACCAUUCAUCCAGCAACAAAUUCAACCAAUGGCACCUCGUCUCAACAGUUCAACUUCGUUCUUCUCACCAAAGAGACAUAGUCUAAGCUCUGAGCAACUGAACGAUGAUACCCCCUGGCCACUUGACAUUUGGAGCAAGAUAGCUCCAAGUAAACAACAAGUUUCCUUCAGACCUGACCGCUCCAUGAGUCUAACCGAAUCCAAUAUCCUCUCCUUCGGUAAAAUGAAGACCCUGGAUGAAGUGCCUCCACCGCCUGGAUUUCCUCCUCUGAACAACCCUACACCUCUCCCUUCCAACCGUUACAAAACCGAACUGUGCCGUAGCUUCCAGGAGAACGGAAGCUGUAAAUAUGGGAGCAAGUGUCAGUUUGCCCAUGGAGAGCCUGAGCUGCGCGGUUUGUACAGGCACCCAAAAUACAAAACGGAGGCCUGUCGCACCUUUUACAACUUUGGCUACUGCCCAUAUGGAGCCCGCUGUCACUUCAUUCACGAAGAGAAACUCACCCCCUUGACCCAAAAGUUCCACAACCAAGCACUUGCUGAUCAGAACCCACGUCAGCUCCGUCAGAGCGUCAGUUUCGCAGGUUUCAUGGGAUCACGCAGCUCUCCUCCCCCUGCGCUCCACGACCCCCUUGGCUUCACCCGUGCGCCCUCGGUGUCACCACCCCCUGCGGACAUUCUCUCCCCAGUGUUCAAUGACACCCAACGCAACACAUUUCAGUUUUGUCAGAGCCGACCCCGUGUUGGUGACAUCCACAACAUCCCUAUGAUAGUUGAGCCACAGAAGCCCUCACGCUGCGUUUGUGGCCACGGAAAUAACUUCCCAAACACUCUGAACAAAUCUUACGCUAUGGAGGACCGCAACAAUGUCUACAUCACCCAGCCAAACCUCCAGCGCUUCUCUUCUGAAGAUUCCCUCUCAGAUCGGGAUAGUUACACCAGCACAGGCAGCACCAGCGGGUCAGAGUCCCCCACCUUUGAUGGGGCUGGCAACAAGCGCCUCACCGUCUUUGCGCGACUGUCACUCUCUGACUAGGAAACCCAAACCACACAGAGACAAUCCAAAUCACGAACCUCGAUCAAUUGUGAAGGUUCUGCUUACAGAAAUCAGAAAUCCUAUCAAUAUGAUGCGCAUCAACACUUUAUACUGUUGUUUAUUUAUUAGUAAAUUACUUGCUCAGUGAAAUUUAUUUGGUACUCAAACUUAUAAAAAUCUGUAUAUUUUUUUAUACUUAUGUAUAUAUUUCAUUUAACUUUUCAUCUUGUCUUCCAUUAAUUACUUUCUUUAAAAAUGACCUUGAUGGUUAUGACAGUAACAGACGUUUUAAGUGCCUUUACCUGUCUCAAUCAAUAUGAGAAGGGCCUAGUAGCCUUACUUUAGCUGGAUUACUUCGAUUAGUCCUUCAAAUAUAUGAUCAUAUGAAACAAAAGACUCCCCUCCAUUUAGUAAGCUGCCAGAACUAUUUGUCAGAUCUGUUCAUACUGUUGGUAUUCAUGUGUAUACCAAAAAAACUGUUGAAAAUAUUCAAACCAUCAAUGUGACUUGAAAAAUGACAAGACAUUCUCUCACUGUGAUAUGCACUUUAAAAUAGGUAUUGGGAGACUAGUCUCUCUAUGUAGCAUUUAACCAAAGCUUUAUACUUACUUUUCUACAUUUGCUACAUUCUUUGUGUAAGAGCAGUUUUUAAAAAUAAAAGAAAUGGGGGGGGGGCGUCCAUCAUAUUUUAACACAUCUGUGACAAAAGUGAGAAGGUGCUAGUACGCCGUCUGUGAAUGUCACAGAUCUAGGAGGGGGUAUUUGUGUAGCCUUGCCAUUUAUUUAGAGACCUGUUUUGUUGCAUAAUGUUUUGACAACCCUGGUUGGGUCUUACUCAACUGUAGUAGGUGACUUCUAUUUCAUCAGGGACUGUAACAUCACAGUAUUUCCAUAGACUAUAGGUUGACUUAUUUGCCUUUUUGUAAUUGUAUAGACUUAACUAAUAUAUUUAUUAUGAUAUUUAUUGUGUUAAUACCAAUGUAUUUUGUACUUAUUUAUCAAGAACAUGUCAGGGUCUGUGAAAACGAUGUGUGAAUUAUUAAGAAAAAAAGUAUGAAUUUAUUUUUUGAUCGCCUGAACAGGAGAAAUAAAUGAAAAUGAUAAAGAAAUGUAA